CUCUCCGGCAGCAUGUGGAGAAUUCUGUGUGGGAUCGUCGUUCUCGCGGCGAUUGUGAAUCCGCUGGCGGAGGCAAGGGAAGUCCGCCGACGAAGAGCAGUUAAGCUGCAACUGGACAACUACCUCAGCUACGAUGGAAUCAUGGAGUACCUGGAUCAGCUGGCUCUGUCGCACAGUAGUCGGGUGACCCUAAAGGAUGUGGGCCGCACCUACGAGAACCGAGUCCUGAAAAUGGCGAUGAUAACCAAUGGAGAUGGACGUCCGGGAAAGCGGGUGAUAUUCUUGGAUGCUGCCCUCCAUUCGCGCGAGUGGAUGACUCCCGCCGCCGCCCUCCUUACCAUCCAUAAGCUGGUAGUGGAGUUUGAGGAGAAUGCCGAUCUUUUGGCUGACUACGAUUGGCACAUAAUGCCACUGGCGAAUCCAGAUGGCUACGUGUAUUCACGCAAUACGGAACGCUACUGGCGCAACACGAGGACACCGAAUGGAGGCAACUGUUUUGGCACCAAUCUGAACAGGAACUUUGCAGUUAACUGGAAGGUGGGCUUUCCGCAGCUAGAGGAUCCCUGUGACGAGAACUACGCUGGCAGUGCACCAUUCUCGGAGGUGGAGGCACGUACGGUGCGCGACAUAAUGCACAGCCUGGUGGAAAGCAAACGGGCGGUAAUGUAUCUCUCACUGCACACGGCAAACCGAUCGGUCUUCUAUCCUUGGGUCUACGAUACCGCACCAGUGUCAAACCAAAAGGAGCACGAUGAAAUCGGAAGGUUUGUUGCUAAUCGAAUUGGGCAAAGUACGGGCACCUUUAUAAAGACGUGGCAAUAUGCUAAAUUUGCCGGAACAUUUGGUGGCACCAGCAUGGACUAUGCACUGGUCGCGGGAUUCCCACUCUCCUUUGUGUUCGAGAUGUCGGGAGUGGGACAGGAUCAGGUGGAGUACAAGUUCUUUCCCCCCACCAGAGAUAUUCGGCAUCUGGCUGAAGAGUCCUGGACGGGCAUUAAAGCGUUUGCCGAGAAGACCAUUGAGAUAUAUCCUCCAUCCAGGGUGAUUGCCUACAACCCAAUGGUUGAGCUUCCCCUAAACGCAGCAUCACGGAAUCGUGGAUUUAAUUCACUGCUUGGAACAGUUUUUAUUUUUUUUAUAUACCUGACCAACGUUUAAACUAGACGUUUUUGCCUCGAAGUCUUACUAAGCCAAGCUGCCUAUAUAAGGGAACAAAAACAAAAGUUAUCUAAAGCUCUUAUUGAUAAACUGUAUUUUUUAAAUUAUCUUGUUUCGUUAUCUAGCUGUAACUAAGUACAUUUGGUUUAUAAAAACAAAAUUAAAUUAAAGAAUAAUAAUU